GUUACUCCGGAAGUGAAGACUUCUAAGCUCCUCCGCCGGCGGAGGGCCAGGUUGAAGGGAUGGCCGGGCGGACGGCGCGGCUGGUGCUGCUAGCUGGAGCAGCAGCGCUGGCAAGCGGCUCCCAGGGCGACCGCGAGCCGGUGUACCGCGACUGCGUGGACCGGUGCGAAGAGCGGAACUGCUCGGGGGGCGCACUGAGGCACUUCCGUUCCCGCCAGCCAAUCUACAUGAGUUUAGCAGGCUGGACCUGUCAGGAUGACUGUAAGUAUGAGUGUAUGUGGGUCACUGUUGGCCUCUACCUCAAGGAAGGUCACAAAGUGCCUCAGUUCCAUGGCAAGUGGCCCUUCUCCCGGUUCCUGUUCUUCCAAGAGCCAGCUUCUGCCAUGGCCUCUUUCCUCAACGGUUUGGCCAGCCUGGUGAUGCUGUGCCGCUACUACACCUCCGUGCCAGCCUCCUCCCCCAUGUAUCCCACCUGCGUGUCCUUCGCCUGGGUUUCCCUCAAUGCUUGGUUCUGGUCCACAGUCUUCCACACCAAGGACACCGACCUCACAGAGAAAAUGGAUUACUUCUGUGCCUCCACCGUCAUCCUACACUCCGUCUAUCUGUGCUGUGUCAGGGCUCUGGGCACGGGCCACCCUCCACCUGAGCAGCUCUGGAUGGCGGGGCAGGACCGUGGGGCUGCAGCACCCAGCCGUGGUCAGCGCCUUCCGGGCCCUCCUGCUGCUGAUGCUGACGGCGCAUGUCUCCUACCUGAGCCUCGUCCGUUUCGACUAUGGCUACAACCUGGCGGCCAACGUGGCUAUUGGCCUGGUGAACGUGGUGUGGUGGCUGGCCUGGUGCCUGCGGAACCAGCAUCGGCUGCCUCACGUCCGCAAGUGCAUGGUGGUGGUCCUGCUGCUACAGGGCCUGUCCCUGCUCGAGCUGCUCGACUUCCCGCCUUUCUUCUGGGUCCUGGAUGCCCACGCCAUCUGGCACAUCAGCACCAUCCCUGUCCAUGUCCUCUUUUUCAGCUUUCUGAAAGAUGACAGCCUGUAUCUGCUGAAGGAAUCAGAGACCAAGGUCAAGCUGGACUGAAGGCCCUGGGAGUGGGUCUGCCCUGCUGGGGAUCCUGCCCUCUCCCUGCUGGCUCCCCUUCUCCCCAGAAUCCUUGAGACGAUUUUUGUCUUUUAGCAUCUUGAAUUUGGACAUGAAGGGUAUGGGCCCAGAAUCAUGUAACUGCCCAUCACCUCGCUUGCCCCGACAUGGC